AUUCGAAAAUAAACAGUAUAUUUAUUAUUUUACUAUUCAGAAUUAUUACAAGUAAAAAAAAUAUUAUGUAGUAUAAUUUAGUAGCCAAGUUUUUCUUUAAAUUAGCUGUACGUAUUUUAUCGCCUAGAUAAAAUGGAGUUGCUUGUGGCAGGAUUUGAUGACAUUAAGUUCAAUGUUGAAAUAGCUUUAGACGAACAACAUGGAGCUUUACCUCUGCCGUUCAAUGGAAUGGACAAAUCUAUCGCUGCAGUUUGUUCAUUUUAUCCAAAAGGAUCCUGUUCUAAAGGAGCAUUGUGUCCAAUGAGACAUGUACGAGGUGAUAGAACUGUUGUUUGUAAACAUUGGUUACGUGGUUUGUGCAAAAAAGGGGAUCAGUGUGAAUUCUUACAUGAAUAUGACAUGACUAAAAUGCCUGAAUGUUAUUUCUAUGCUCGAUUUAAUGCAUGUCAUAACAAAGAAUGUCCAUUUUUACAUAUUGAUCCUGAAAGUAAAUUAAAAGACUGUCCAUGGUAUGAUCGAGGAUUUUGUCGCCAUGGCCCACAUUGUAAACAUAAACAUGUUCGCCGAGUACUCUGUAUGAAUUAUGUGUCUGGAUUUUGCCCGGACGGUCCAAACUGUAAAUUUGUUCAUCCUCGAUUUGAACUUCCAGCAUAUCAACAAUACGAUGCUAAUCAAAAAGAUUCUAAAAAACUUGUAGUUAUAUGUCAUUUUUGUGGUGACACAGGACAUAAAGCUAUGUACUGUCAUAAAAUGGUAUCAGAUCUUGUAAAAAUUAAACCAGAGCUUGAGGUCAACAAUGAGCCAUUGCCAACAAAUGCUCAAGCAGGAUUUUCUAGAAAAUUGAAACCUUUAGAAGAAGUUACAUGUUAUAAGUGUGGAUUUAAAGGUCAUUAUGCAAACAAGUGUCCAAAGGGGCAUUUAGCUUUUUUGUCUUUGCAACAGAAUCAAGCACUUCAAAACAACCAAGGUGCAUGAUAAAAAAAGUGAACUUUAAAACUUUAAUAAAGUUGUAAUUAAUGUGAUUACAUAUUAUUUGUGUAUAUUUUUUGUUUUUUAUGGGACUUAGUUAAUUAAAGUAUGAUUUUAAGAA